AUGAACACAUUCCCUGCUGGCACCCGUGUAUUCUACUGGUGUUCCACUGGCCCGAUUAUCUACGCUACGGUGCAAUCCUCUAGCCGCUUGCCGGAUGGAACACAACUCUUGGUCAUCAAAGAUGACAAUGGCGAGACCGUUACUCUCCCGUAUGUAGGGUUCAACAUCUACAAUUUUGCAAAGAUCCGUCUCCAUUUAAAUUCACUCAUUAUCAACAACCUGAGGUCGAAGGAGCAAUACUAUGCGGAUAUUCAUAGUGCACUCAUGUCUGCUCCAAACCAAGACUUAUCGCGUAACGACGUUCGGGCGGAAAUAUCUGCGAUGGAGGACUCGGCGGAUGCAGCUUUGUUUCGGCGCAAAGACGGAAAUCCAGUCACCCCUCCCAACCGCUGUUUUGAAUACGCUUCCCGCACCCUUCUCAUUCUGCGCGAGCUUAUCCGUCCAAAGGAAGCGAACUGCACAGAAGCAAGCCAUUGUCUUUAUCCGAAAAUUGCCCUGCUGCGGCCUCUGUCGUGA